AUUUAUUAGUUUAAAUUUGUAGAAUGCAAUGACUGUAGUAACGUCAAUAGUGGUAGCAAUCACGUGUAUAUCACUCAGACAACCAAUCAGUGUCAUGACUGUGACAAUACACAUACCUCGACAACCAAUCAAAUGGCAACUCAGAAUACCGGUUCAUGUACUGAUUGCGGUACUGGUGGAGGAAGUGCUAAUAUAGCACAAAAUAGUGGCACGAAGCCAGGUCAAACUAGUUCAGGAGGACUUCAGUCACCUUUUACACCGGGAAGUGGUGGAAUGGGUAAUGGCCAGGGUCUCACGACAAACAAUGGACAGAAUGGCGGAACGAGCACUGGACAAUCACCAUUCAAUACAAACGGAGGUGGUAUGACAAACGCAGGUGGUGGCAUGACUAAUUCCGGGACCGGAUAUAGCCAAAGUCAAGCACAACAUGGAAGUAAUUUGAUAGGAACUGGCGGGGAAAACAUGGCUCAAGGUACUUUGCAACAGUCCAAUACUGGUAGUGGUCUCUCACAGAGUGGUCUUGGAACAGGAACCGUAUCCCAAUCCUUAGGAAACACCAUGGGGAAUCAAGGACCUUCGGCCGGUAUAAACACUACUGGUACAGGACCAUUUGUUGCUUCUGGAUAUGGAUUCUUUGGAAAUGAGGGAUUUAAACAGAGUCCUUAUUCACAAGCAAGUGGAGGUAAUACUGAGAAAGGUCCUUUUGCCCAAGCAGGAGGUAAUUCUGGAAAGAGUCCAUUUGCACAAGCUGGAGGUAAUACAAAUGGGCAAACAAGCUCAAAUUCUGGUGGAGCACAAGGUCCGUUUAGCUCUAUGCAAAACGGACAAGGAUCAGUGACAAGCAGUGGUCAAGGUCCAUCAACCGGAGGGAACCAAGGUCCUUUCAGUUCGGGACAAAACAGCCAGGUAGCAAAUUCUGGUGGUGGACAGGGUCCUUUUAGUUCAAUGCAAAAUGGUCAAGGUCCUUCGACUGGUGGUAAUCAGGGACCAUUUAGUUCAACGCAGAACGGAAAAGGUUCGACUACAGGUGGUGGACAGGGUCCUUUUAGUUCAAUGCAAAAUGGCCAAGGUCCUUCGACUGGUGGUAAUCAGGGACCAUUUAGUUCAAUGCAGAACGGAAAAAGUCCGACUACAGGUGGUGGACAAGGUCCUAUAAAUUCAAUGCAAGGCGGAUCAAACGGGCUUGCUGGAUUACAAGGAAAUGGCAAUGUUGAUGUGUCCCAUAUUAUCAAAAAUUGUCCAGAGACUAUGCACUGCAUGGGUCAAUGUCCAAUGGGAUAUCAACUUGCAGAAGCCGAUAAGAAUGGUUGUCCUAAAUGUUCCUGUCUAACUGGAAAGGGAGAAACAAUGCAAGGUCUACCUCAUCAAAAUCAGAUCAACGGUCAAGGUCAAGUUGGAAAAGGUUCUGGACCCUUUUCAUCAGGAGGACAACAAACAUCCGGAAGUCAACAGUCAACAAACACACAAAAGCCCAGUAGUACGCACACGACUGGAGCACAACAAACAACCGGAGCACAACAAAUAACCGGAGCACAACAAACAAGUACAGAUAACAAUAACGCACAGAAAUCUAAUGUUUUGUCUUGUCCGACGACAUUUUACUGUCCCCAUGAAUGUUCGAUUGGUUACAUUCCCGGUCCUGAUGGAUGUCCGUCAUGUGAAUGUGCUGGAGGUUAUAGAACCGCAUCACCUGCUGACUGCAUGGGGACAUUUGCCUGUUCUGACAUCUGUAAAUCGGCGUACAUGCGAGGAUCUGAUGGAUGUCCUAAAUGUGACUGUAUAAAAUCAUUUGGAUGACCCCGAGAUAUAAAGACAAAAUAAAAUGUUCUAUCUAUCAAUCUUGAUACAACAUCAUCUUCUAGUAUUUCUUAUACUGUCUGCCACACUAAUCAUUGGUCUUUCUUUUUACCAUUUCAUUACACAUGCUGUUCCAUAUAUACAACUGCCUUUCAGAAACAUUAUAUAUUAAUCCAUAAUCUUGACUGUUGUAUUGUUACUUUCAUUGCUUGAUUAUAUGCUACCGCUGAUGACGUUAUACAGUUGGAUUAUUUGUAUGGUGUAUUUUGUACAUGCCAAGUUGCGUUUUUGCUUAAAACUAUUUUUUACUUUUAUCUUUAUACCCAACAAUACACAUUUUGUUUUCUAAUACUUAUUUCGUUUAAAUAUUUUGAAUUUCAUUUUACAUGCAAAAAAGUAUGGAACAAUUAAAAUACAAAUAUUUGAAAAUUUAAAUUAUAAUUUUACAGAACAAAAACC